ACCCCCUCUCUCCGCCGCCUCACGCGCGAACAAGCCGACCUUCUCAAAAACCCCGACCCAACCUUCCACGCCGCGCCCAUCAGCGCCUCCAACCUAUACGACUGGCACUUCACGCUGCAAGGUCCGCCGGCCCCCUCCCCCUACAGCGAGGGGAUCUACCACGGCCGGAUCGUGCUGCCCCCGACGUACCCGCUCCGGCCCCCGUCCUUCCGGUUCCUGACCCCCUCCGGCCGCUUCGAGGUCAACCGCGAAAUUUGUCUCAGUAUCUCGGGCCACCAUGAGGAGACGUGGCAGCCGGCGUGGGGGAUCCGGACGGCGUUGAUUGCCCUCCGGAGCUUUAUGGAUGGGGAUGCCAGGGGCCAGGUGGGCGGGUUGGAUGUGGGGGAGGAGGUGCGGAGGAGGUAUGCUGUUGCGUCGCGGGGGUGGAGGUGUGAGGGGUGCAAGGGGCAGGGAAAGGAGGGUGAAGGCGAUGAUGCGGAUCUGGAGAAGGAGAGGGGGGAGCAGGAGGUGGAGAAGAGAGAUCAGGAACUUGAACCUCCGACGAUAGGGUCAUUGGAGUCUGAUACAGUGGUUUCUGGAGGAGAUGAUGCACAGACGUUUACGACUGCCUCGACAACAACUGCUGCUGCUGCUGCUGCAUCACCACCAACAUCAACAACACAAUUACCAGCUGUGCAGCAACAGCCAGACCAAACACCUCAGCAGCGGCAGAUACUGCUCCAACCUCAACCUCAACCUCAACACCAACACCAACAGCAGCAGCAAAUAUCCCCCGAUACCCCUUGGCUCGACCGGGCCAUCGUCGGCGUGAUCGUCGCCCUGGUGGUCAUGAUCCUCCGGCGCAUC